AUGGAUGCCAAUUACGCCAACGUCCCCUCUCAGCCCGCAGUGGCUCGGGACUCUACAAAGAAGGCCUUCGACAUCAGUAGCCUCAUGUCGCCUCCCGAAGCUCAGCCUUACGAUAGCUUUUCACAAGUUCAACAGCACGCCUCGUCAGCAUCAGUCAUUCACCGAGGCCAUGGGUCGGCUAAACCUAGUAUGCCCAUGUCCCCCCCUGUCUCGCCAUACAUUACAGAUUCCGCAAAUGCCCCUGCUCCCGACAUUCCGGCGGGCAUGUCAAAGGAUCCUAUCCUGUAUCCUCGCGAGGAGACAGCAUCGAGCCCAACCCAGCCGCCUCUGUUUCCCACGACCGAAGCGAUCGAGCAUCGCCGCAUCGUUGACGAGCACAUCGGCGCCCGCCCCCCGGGUCUCUUUCGCGAAGGUUCGCCUCCUCAACCAGAAGAUUAUGAGCUGCUUCUGCAAUGCAAGUCUCAAGCAAUCGAGCUUUUCAGCAGGGACAGAAAAGCCUGGUUCGAAAAGGAACGCGAUCAAGUCAGGGCCGACCGCAAACUGAACAGCGCCCGCUGGAAUAGCGUCGUGAGAUAUCAGACCAUUGCCCCCGCCAAGUCCGUACCUGCCAAGACGACGAAGCCGCUCUCUGCCAGACCUAAGAUUACUUCCUCUGCAAACCCAAAGACCGAUCGAGUUGUGAAACCUUCGCAGACUCCUCGUCCUGCUCGCAAUAGUCCUCCCACCCGGCAUGUCCGUCGUAUUAGUGCUACGCCGGACCCCACCCGCCGCGUUGUUGCUCCAAACAGAGAGGAUCGCGAUUUCGCAGCGUUGCCCGACUACUGCCCACCGGUAUCUUCUCUGCCUGAUAAGCCGAACUCUCUGAAGGUUGACUGGAAGGGCGCUCCCAUCGAUUUGAGCGACGAUUCCAACAUCAACCUCCUUCACCCUGACGAGGCAAGCCUGGCAGCCAAUCUCCGGCUCGACUGCGCUACAUAUCUCACCAGCAAGCGUCGCAUCUUUGUCCGCCGGCUGGAGUGUGCCAAGGUCGGCAAGGAAUUCCGCAAGACGGACGCUCAGCAAGCUUGUAAGAUUGACGUGAACAAGGCUUCGAAGCUUUGGACUGCGUUCGACAAAGUUGGCUGGUUAGACCUCAAGUGGAUGAGCCAGUACAUCUAA